UAAUAUUAAAGCACAGCUUUUUAAAGUUCCCUUUUAUUUUAAGAAUAAAAAACUUAAAUUUGUUUCAUGUGACUUGAUAUAAUAGAUUUUUUAAUGAAAUUUUUACUAUUUGAGUUACUUUGCUGGUCUGAAUUAAAGGGAAACAACGUCCAUUUACUAGAUCAUGUUGAAGUGUCUAAAAUAUAUCUUAAAGUUUGAGUUUUCCUGUUCUUUAUUCUAUUAAAAACGAUCUGUAUUAGUUUUCUAUAAUGUGUAACAAAUUACCACAAACUUAGAGGCUUAAAACAACACGGAACCCCCAGCUGAGUUCUUUGCUCGGGGUGUCACAGGCUGAAAUCAGUAUGUUGGCAGGGCUGUUGUCUCAUCUGAGGCUCAGGAUCGCCCUCCAGGCACAUUUAGAUCGUUGGUAGAAUUCAGUUCCUUGGGGUUGUAGGACUGGGUUCCCCCUUUUUUCCUGGCCAGAAACGGGGGUCACUCUCAGCCUCCCUCAGGUCCUUGCAUUGUGGCUCCUCCCUCUCACAGGGUGGCUGUUUGCUUUCUUCUGGGCCAGCAGGAGUAUCCUCUCUGGUCUGCUAAGACAGUCUUAUAUAACGUAACCUAAUUAAGGGAGUGAUUAAUCCAUCCUGUUCAGUCAUGCCACACUCAUGGAGAGUGGAUUAUACAAGGUGCGGAUGUUGUGGGUCAUCUUAGAAUUUUGCCGUCCCACCAUCUAUGACUCAGAUGUCUGUAAGGGAAAUUCUGGGCUCUUUAGCAUCUGAUACAAAAUCCUAUACAAGCUGACCUCACUCUAGUUCCCCAGCCUCCUCCCAUUAAUAAAGCCACACACAUCUCACUGUGUAGGAAUUAUAAAGUGCGUUGUAUAAUUUAUAGAAAAUCUACUCGUGACUGUAAUUUUCUGGGCCUCAGUUUCUUCACGAGUAAAAUUAAGUGGUUGGAACCUGCUCGUUUCUAAAUUCUAGCUCAGGAAUCAUAUCCCGUCCACCCUACCCAUCUCUGGAAUCCUGGUGGUAUAGUGGUAAGAGCCCUGCUGCUAACCAAAAGAUCAGCAGUUGAAAUCCACCAGCCACUCUUUGGAAACCCUGUGGGGCAGUUCUACUCUGCCCUGGUAGCGCAGUGGUUAAGAGCUCAGGCUGCUAACCAAAAGGUCGGCAGUUCAAAUCCACUAGCCACUCCUUGGAAACACUAUGGGCAGUUUUAAUCUGUCCUAUAGCGCUGCUAUGAGUCAGAAUCAACUUGAUGACAACAGAUUUAUUUUGGUUUUUUUUGUAGGGUUGCUAUGAAUCAGAAUUGACUUUAUGGCACACGACAGCAACCACCACCCAUCUCUCUCGCUUUGAGAAACCAUAGCAUUAAAAAUUCAUGGACAUGAAACCCCAGAACUGUCACAGCAGUUCGUAUUUCCUAGUACUGAGGCUCUCAGUUAUUUGCAUGGCAGUGAAGUCCAGGUGGUCUAGAGCGCGACAUCCCAGUUGGGGGCAGUAUUUGCAGUAUUCCUCACAAAUGAAUGCCUGAAGCCAAUUCUAGUUCUCUUGCCUUGGCAUCAGUAAGUACACCUCCAUAGCAUCUUCUGGCAGAGCUCUGUGCUAAAGAUUAUGAGGCUGUUCAGGACAGCAGUGACCACGAUCAAAGGUUUGGGGAACUGGUAGGUGUGCAGUAAGUGUGUCCAAGCAGGCGUACUGUGAAGGCACACAGCAGCUUCCACUCAUAAUUUCAGUAAGCAGCACCACAGUCCCCCGCAAAGGAGCCAGGUGACAAUUCCAGGAAUCCAUGGCCAUGAUGUUCAUAUCUUAAAAGUGGUCUGACUUUUAUAGGAAGUUAACGGAUUCCCAAGCCUUCGCUCUAAGAUGUAGGAGCUUGUAAGAGUGAACUGGUGUUACUGUAUCCUAAUCGCGUUCCAGUUUACUUAAAAACUAGGAAUGUACUUUCUGACUCCCUAUUCAAAUUAUCCUCCUUCCAGUUUAGCCUACCCUGUGGAUUGUACUAAUUUGUUCAUUAAUGCACUCUUUAAAAAAAAAAAAAAAAAAGCUUAUUUUCUGUCCACUCUGCUAGCACUGGUGUUCGAAAACAGAAAAAACUGUUGGGACAGAUGUGAUUGCUCCUCCCCUCCACACGGUCACAGCUCUGUGGUGGAAGAGACCUCGAUGCUGUGAAGAAACCAUGAUCAUAAAAUUUAUUUUAAUAAGAGGAGAAAUUAAAAAAAAAAAAAAAAAAACACUUUUGGGUGGCACAAACUGUUAAGUGCUCGACUGCUAGCCAAAAGCUUGGUGGUUCAAACCCACCUGGGGCACCUUCCGAGAAAGGCCUGGCAGUCUGUUUCAGAAAGAUCACAGCCUUGAAAAGCCUGUGGAGCCAUUCUGCUCUGCACACAUGGGGCCGCCACGUGUUGGAAUCACUUCAGUGGCGGCUAACUACAACCACAAUACUAAGCAUUUCAGUCGUGAGGCAUCUUGAGCUCAGAAAUGUUAAAUGUUAAAGGGACAGGAAUUAUAAUAUAUAAAGCAUUUGGGGUAAAAUUCACAGAGAAAGUGACAUUUGAAUUGCGUCUUGAAGGAUGAGUAUGAUAUAGCCAGAUAAAAAGGGUGAAUGAGGAUGUUAUUGGCAUCAGAAACUGAAAUAUGAAAGAGGUUUUCAUGAAAACAUUUGCAUAGUUUGAUGUGACUGUAACGUGUAAGGAUUAAUGGAAUACAAGUCUGUAAUGCUGAAUUGAGGUUUGAAUUUUAAUCUCUGUAUAUACCGUUGAGUUGGACUUAAAUCCUGUGACCAUCAGAGUUCUUACAGACUUUUUAAGCAAGAAUUCUAUAUAAUUAGAUUUGUGUUUUUGGAAAGUAACCUUAUUUGAUGAAAUAAAGUAGGAAGACCAAAGACAUCAUGGCACUUUUUAAAGACAGCAUGUAUUUUUUAAGUAUCUACGGAGGGCCAGGUAUAAUGUUAGGCCCUGGGAAAAGUAAAUAUGAAAAAAUGAGAUUCUGGCAUUUUAGAGCUUAAAGGCUCGUAGGGUUGGCAGAAACAUAAAUAUAAACAUUUCCGAAACAAUAUAGUAGGGUUUUAAAAGAUUCAGAGCUGCUGCGACGUAAAGAGCAAUCAGGUCUGCCUGGAUAAGUGAGAGCACUCCACCAAAGAGCCGAUGUCAGACUGUGUCUUCAGGGUCGAAUCAGGAGUUGGCUAGGUGCCACAGGAGACAAAGGCGUUCCAGGCAAAGGGAAAGUGUGUGCAAAAUCAUGAUACUGAGAUAGGGAACAGUAAGGGAUUGGGAGCAGGGAGGUUUGCCGCUGAUGGGGAACUUCUAGCAUGGGAAAACUAAAAAAGUUUGUCUCAGAAUUGUGAAGGAGCCUUUGUUGAACUAAAAAGUUGGGAUUUUAUCUGACAGAAUAAGCUGAGGUAUUUAGGCAGCAGAGUGGCACAGUUUUGUUUUCUAGAAAGGUAAUAUUGCCUUUUUCUUAUGCAUUACGGUGUGUGGGCUACAAUGGGUAGUAGUUAACUGGACAGUGAGACCAAUUAGGAAACUACUUAAUUCUAAUAAUUGUGUCCCCAGGACAUGAGGAGGGUGGAACCAAGGCAAUAGCAAGGGAGAUAGAGAAGGUGGUAAGCUCAAAAGCGAGUUGAGAGGGAGGGGAUUGAUGGUGGUGUGUUAGGGGAAAGAGGAUGGGGAUUAGAGAGUAGAGUUGUGGCAGACAGUUCGAUUAAUAACCAGUUAAGGAAAGAAAAAGGAUUGGGAACAGGAAAAUUAGUUUGAUUUUAGACAAGUUGGGUAUGAAGUAGGCAAGGAUACGUCAAGGUAGAGACGUCUUUAUGCAGUUGGAACUCAAGAUACGGAUCAGAUGGUUGUAGACAUGGAUGAGAUUGCCCAGGAAAAAUGAGUAGAGCAGGAAGAGAAGGUGGCAGAGGACAGAAUCCUGGUGAAAGUUUAAGGUGGCAACUGGUUUGUAACUGGUAAAUAAAGAUAGUAUAAUGGGCUUCAAAAACUGGGGAAACGACAGAUUACGGUGACUAAAGCAUUUAAGCUGCAUUCAUGUGUUUGUUCAGGAAGCAGACUUUGUGCUGUGCGCUAGGGAUACAAGAUGAAUGACACUUCCUGCCCUAAAAGAGCCCAUUUUUGCUAGUGAAGAGGGUUGUAACUUAACCCAGUCUUGUAAUUGGCAGUGUUCAUGCUAUUGCGGGUACCCUCUCUCUCACUUGGCAGAGGAUGCUAAACAAGCUAAGCUUCUUCAGGUUUCUUCUGCCUUGGAGAUAUUCCAGCACGUCUUGUAACUCUGCUUUCUAAGAUUCAGGGAAUGCCAUCUACUUUAUUUUGAUAGUAUCCUGAAGUUGAAGCCAAUGACGAAGAACUCAAGGAGGCUUCAGGAAGCACUUUGUAGAUUGAACAGAUCGAGUGUCCAAGUAGAAAAAGAGCUCAUGGGAAAUUGAGUAAUCAACUGUUACCUCCUUAGGUUACCACAUCCUUUCACUUGUUCAUUUAUUUGAUAAAUUCUGUGUGUCUGCCCAUUUCCGAAUACAUGAUCAGCUAUUGAUGUUAUGCCUAUUGCAGAUAUAAAGGGGACUCCUACACACACACGCAUCCCAUCCAGAAGCAGCCACUGCUGGAGCGGUCGUCACAGGGCGGAAACACAUGCUGUAUAGCUGGACUCAAUUGCAUGAGUUUUUCUAAAAUACCAAACCAGACUAUCUUGAGAAUCUAAACCUUAAAAUAACGAGCAGAACUCACUCUUUCCUUCUCUGACUCAGCUAUACAGUGUUGAGUCGUAGAAAUGCUAAGACACCAAUUACUUAAUCAUAACUGUAUUAUGUUUUUGUUGUUAGCUGACGCUGAGUGGCCCCGACUCGUGGCAGUCCUCGUGUACAAUGGGAUGAAAUGCCGCUUGGUCCUGUGCCAUCCCCAUGAUUGGUUACUGAUCGGACCAUUUUGGUCUGUAGGGUUUUCUUUGGCUAAUUUUUCAGAAGCAGAUUGCCGAGCUUUUCUUCUUAGUUUGUCUUAGUCCGGAAGCUCUGCUGCAAACAGUUGAGCUUCAUAGCAACACUCAAGUCCCCCUGACAAACAGGUGGUAGCUUCACAUGAGGUGCACUGGCCCAGAAUUGAAUCCAGGUCUCCCACAUGGGAAGCAAGAAUUCUACAACCGAAUCACCAGUGUCCCCGUUUUGAGUUACAGGUAAAUUUAUUAGCCACAUUUUCUAGAUGAAACUAAGGUCCAAGGCAACACAGCUGGUAAGUAGGUGAGCAAAAUAGGUAUAGCUUCUGCCCUCAUGGUUUUGUAGAUUAAUGAGGAAGGCAGUAAUUAAACAGUCACAUAAAAAUACGUGUAAAUUUUGGUAAACAUUAGAAAAUGUUAUUAUUAAAGAUGAUAAUAAAGAGACCUGAUUUAGGUUAGAAACCACUGCUGUUGAGUUGAUUCCAACUCAUAGCAACCUUAUAGGACAGAGUAGAACUGCCCCAUACGGUUUCCAAGGAGUUGCUGGUGGACUCGAACUGCCGACCUUUUGGUUAGCAGUCAUAGGUCUUAACCCCUAUGCCACCAGGGUUUCCUGAUAGAAGUAAGAGAAUAUCAAAGGUUGAGUGACUGGUGAUUAAUUUAUGAUGUGGAAUGAGCGAUAUGUAAUUGUUAUCUCAAGGUCUGCCCACUACUGCCGAAGCCAGUGUAUAUUGCACAACUUUCACUGGGAUUAUAAAAGCUGGAAAACAGAUUUUAGGACAUGUGGGUCGAAAAUAUUACCUGACCGUUUCCUACCCCAAUAUAAACAUCUUUUUGGCUUCUUUCUUUUUCUUCUUUUUUCUCUUUCUCAAUCCCUCGUGUUUCUUACGUCACUGUAAUCACACGGGAAGCGUAGUUUUGCCCAUGGUGUAUUACAAGCAUUUUACCCUUAGAUAUUUUGUUUCUUGAAGACCUGCCUGACACCUUAUUAGGCUGCUUAAAUCCUUUAACUAGGAUUGGCCCUCCUCUGAAAUUAGAAAAAGAGCAGUCAUUCUGAAAGUAGAGCCAGCAUGGUUGUUGGGAAACCUGUCUGAAGAAUAAAUCGUAACAAGCUUUCGAUGUGUCUGGAAGACGGCGGGCGGGUGGUGUAUCUUACAUCCUGGGAUUACUCGUGUGCAACACUGUUGCGGAUUAUACCUUACGGUCUAAAACUGAUUUGGAUAUUUAGAAGGCUAGAGCUUAGUAAAUACCAGACUGCUUGGUAUUAACUUAUUUCAUAGUGCUCACAGGAAAUAACAGAAAUUUUUAGUUGCAGAUCUGUAUUGAUUUUUCAGACCUAUUCAGGUAAAAGUACUUCUUAUUUAAUGAACUCUUCCAGUUGGGUGUUUCCAUCCUCAUAAAACAAUGCACCAGAGAGCUCUGUGCUGGCUGUUGUCGCACCCCCGUCGCACACUGACAUCAGGUUGAUUGGUGUCAGUUCAGGUCCAGUGAAGCUCAGUCCUGAAAGCUCUGUAAAAGGAAGGUGGGGAUGGUUACACAACUGGAAAAAUGUAGACAGUGCGACUAAUUGGUACGUGUAGAAACUGUUGAAUUGGUGUGUAUUUUGCUGUGUAUAUCCUCAACAACAAAAUAAAAUGAUGUUAAAAAGAAGGGGAAAAAAAAAAAAAAAGCUGUGUAGAGCCAGUUAAAACUUGCAGGAUUUUCAUCACGUGGCGGAUAUCUCUUGUUCAACACUUGGAGUCGGAACCUCUGAAUUACUGUUGUGAUGUCUUCCAGGCUUGAGCAUUAGAUAUAGCCUCAUCUAAAUCUCCUGACAGAUUUUUGUUUUGCUUUGUCCCUUUUUUUUUUUGUCCAGACUGUAUAAGGUUCCUAAUAUAAUCGUUACAGUUUUGAACAAUUAAUAAAAGAAUUCUUCCAGAAUUAUUGACCACUGAACUCUCAGGCCUUCCCCUGUGACUGACGACCUAGUCGGAACGUAUUGGCAGUGACUCUUGAGAAUACAGCAAAGACUCCACAGUAAACAGAGUCAAACGUUUUGGCCAGGACAGUGGUAGUUACGGUCAUCUACACUUAGUAUGAACAUGAUGAUGUUAAGUGUCACCAAGUCGAUUUUUGACUCAAAGCGGCCCCAUGUGACACAGUAGAACCACCCCAUUAAUGUUUUCUAGGCUGUGAUCUUUACCGAAGCAGAUCCCCGGGUGUUUCUCCCACAGAGCCACUGGGUGGGUUCACACCGCCAGCCUCUUGGUUAACAACCAAGCACAUAACCAUUCCACCACCAGGAUAAGGCUGCAGAUAGGCCCUUUAUUCCCUCAACUAUCCUCUUAAUUUCUUUUGUUCCCUUCCUAAAGUCCUUCCGUCUGGUUCCCGUCCUCUUAUUAUCCACAUACUCUGUUAGACUUCUGUUUGCCAGCUGAAGACUCCAACACUAGUCUGAUUUGUACACAUCAGGAACUUGACUCUGCUGUGUUUUUUUUUCUCCUCUCUUAUAUACCAAGAAUUUUAUAUGUAAUGUCACAGCAGCUCGGAGGUGUAGUGGGGCUCUGUUAUACAUGAGUAAACUAAGGCCUGGGGAAGCUGAUAAGUGGUAGAGCCAGGAUUUAAACCUAGGGGAUCCCAUGCUCUUUCCACUUCAACAAACUAGUAUUUUGUUCUGUAAAAAGGUUGAGAAGAUUACAUGAGAAUGAAUGUGAAAAGUACUUUGUAAAGAAGCUUACAGAAAUUGAUUAUUCCGCUUUUCAUAAACUUGUGCUCAUUUGUCCCAGGAGUCCAUAUUCUAGCUUCUUUUUCCAAUAAAUUAACAUUUUGAGCCUUUCUUAAAAUAAAUAGUCUAAGAAUUAGGCUUAGAGUGUCCGUAAUUUGGUGUAUGAAUGAGAUCUCGUCUCGGUUUUGUAGAGCAUCAUUUCAUUGGGGCUACAGGAUAACCCUGAGCCAUUUUUCUCUAUGUAGCCAACCCUUUUCCUACUGCCAGCCUUCCCUAUGCUAUUAAUAGUCAAUCUGCUUACUAAUUACUGAGACAACCGCUGGCUAUUUACAGUCUUCAAGAACUCAGAUAUGAAAUUACAUUUACUAUCUGCUCUUUGCAGAGUAGAGCCUUUAGUCCAGUCCAGCCACCCAAAUCCGUAGAGCUUAGUGACCUGGUUGUUAGUUUCAGCUGGCAGGGGUCUGAAAGUAAUCUGGCAGUGAAGUAAUGAGAGAAGAAAGGGAAACUGGAAAGGGGGUUCAGAAAGGGAGUGAUAAGAGGUGAAAGAGAAUUACAGUCGAGGGAAGGAAAGGUGAGUACAGGUAGGGUUAACUACAAUUAAAGUAAUGAGAUGUGGAAACUAAUAAAACACAUUUAUGGCUUUUGAGUUUCUGGUCUUUCAAUAUUCCGAUUAUUAAAUGAUGUCUAGUAUUCUAUGGAGAAGAGAGAUGAAAUUAAGGGAUUAAAAUUUCAAUAAUUACAUGACCAAUGUUUUUAAAGUUUUCCUUAGCAGGUUCUGCACAGACUCACUAGAUAGUGUUUUAUUUUUAAAAAAGAUUAACACAUGCUGGCAAGAUCAUUGCAGACAAAUGAUCAUGAUUAGAAGCAUUUUCUUGUUUCUGGAUCGCACUUACGUGCUUCAGAACUCCAUGCUCCCUUCCAUAUGGGAUAUGGGAUUAGAACUGUUUAGAAACCAUAUCAUUAGUGAUAAAAUGGUUCAGAGUAAAACUAUUGAUGGUAUUCUUCUACUAAUUGAACGAGAGAGAAAUGGUGAAGCCGUGGACAGAAGCUUAUUGCGAAGUCUACUGAGUAUGCUGUCUGACCUUCAGGUUCCAGAGUAUCUUAACCAUGUAAGCAAACGUUUAGAAGAAGAAGGAGACCGAGUAAUUACGUAUUUAGACCACAGUACACAGAAACCACUAAUUGCUUGUGUGGAAAAACAGCUCUUAGGAGAACAUUUAACAGCAAUUCUGCAAAAAGGGCUCGAUCACUUACUUGAUGAGAAUAGAGUGCCCGACCUCACACAGAUGCACCAGCUGUUCAGUCGGGUGAAGGGUGGUCAGCAGAUACUGCUGCAGCACUGGAGCGAGUAUAUCAAGACUUUUGGAACAACAAUAGUUAUCAAUCCUGAAAAAGAUAAAGAUAUGGUGCAAGACCUGCUAGAUUUCAAGGAUAAAGUGGACCACAUCAUAGAAGUGUGCUUCCAGAAAAAUGAAAAAUUUGUCAACUUGAUGAAGGAAUCCUUUGAAACGUUUAUCAACAAGCGACCAAAUAAGCCUGCAGAAUUGAUUGCAAAGCACGUUGAUUCAAAGUUAAGAGCGGGCAAUAAAGAAGCGACAGACGAAGAACUAGAGAGAAUCCUUGACAAAAUUAUGAUAAUAUUCAGGUUUAUUCAUGGCAAAGAUGUCUUUGAAGCAUUUUAUAAAAAAGAUUUGGCAAAAAGACUCCUUGUUGGGAAAAGUGCCUCAGUGGAUGCUGAAAAAUCUAUGUUGUCAAAACUCAAACACGAGUGUGGUGCUGCCUUUACCAGCAAGCUGGAGGGCAUGUUCAAGGACAUGGAACUUUCAAAGGACAUCAUGGUUCAUUUUAAGCAGUAUAUGCAGAAUCAAAGUGAUCCAGGCUCUAUAGACCUGACAGUCAAUAUCCUCACAAUGGGGUACUGGCCAACAUACACACCUAUGGACGUACACUUAACUCCAGAAAUGAUCAAACUUCAGGAAGUAUUUAAGACAUUUUAUCUCGGAAAGCACAGUGGUCGAAAACUCCAAUGGCAGACUACUUUGGGGCAUGCUGUUUUGAAAGCAGAGUUCAAAGAAGGAAAGAAGGAGUUCCAAGUUUCCCUGUUCCAGACGUUAGUGCUUCUCAUGUUCAAUGAAGGGGAUGAAUUCAGUUUUGAAGAAAUAAAAGUGGCUACUGGUAUAGAGGACAGCGAACUACGCAGAACGUUACAGUCUCUGGCUUGUGGGAAAGCGCGUGUGCUGGUGAAAAGUCCAAAAGGGAAGGACGUCGAGGACGGAGACAAGUUCGUGUUUAAUGGAGAGUUCAAGCACAAGUUGUUCAGAAUAAAGAUCAACCAGAUUCAGAUGAAGGAAACUGUUGAGGAACAAGUUAGCACCACUGAAAGAGUGUUUCAAGACAGACAAUACCAGAUUGAUGCUGCUAUAGUAAGAAUAAUGAAGAUGAGAAAGACUCUUGGUCACAAUCUUCUAGUUUCUGAACUGUAUAAUCAGCUGAAAUUUCCAGUAAAGCCUGGAGAUUUGAAAAAGAGAAUUGAAUCUCUUAUAGACAGAGACUAUAUGGAGAGAGAUAAAGACAACCCAAAUCAGUACCACUACGUGGCGUAACGAAGUCAGCAGACUAUUUUCUUUUAGUCUGUGUUUCUUUUAAAACACUAGAAUGUACCUUCAGAGGAAUGAAACACAUCUGUGCUGUUUCCAGGCCUUUCCGUGAUUGAACCAGCUUGUGGAUUACAAGGAAAGGAGAUGAUUCUAGGGUCAUCCUUCAAGAGGCUUAAGGAUUUUCAAAUGGAAUAUGUAUCUUUUUUCCCCUCCAGUUCUUCUUGUUCUUUUUGGCAUGUAAAAGAUUGCUGCUGCUCUGUGCAAAAUAAUUUUGAGAUUGAACAAGAAGAUAGUGGCUAAGAGAAGCUCCUUUAUAAGGUCUUACUCUUGUGUCAAAAGCUGAAAGUUUGGUUUUUUUGUGUGUGAUCAUGAAUGCACAAUUACAAAGACCCUAAAUGCUGCAUUCUUUAGCUACAAAGAUUACUUAGGUAUUCCUGAAGACAAGGUAUCUUAGUGGAUGAACACUUAGAUUGGAAAUAGGAACCCUUAAUUGGUGAACAUUAGGAGGAAGCAGUCAGUGUUAAAAACUGGCUGAUCAAUUAUGCAACCUAAAUACUGGCAUCUGUUUGUUUCAUUUGUUUUCAGAUAGUUUUAAACUUUGGUGACUGAUUUUUUCAUAAAUCAGGUUUCUAGGUGAGAUCUCUGAUGUGCCAAAAGGACAUUGUGUGUCUGAUGUUUAAUAGAGUGAGACUUUAACAUGUUUAUUUUGCCCGAGUUAUUUGUAAUUUUCUGUUUAAGGGUUUCGGGAGGUUAGUGUGUUUGUGUUUACCAUUCUAAGAUUGAGUCUAGCAGUACCUGUUUUUUGCAUUAGGGUAACUGCUGUUUGAUUUUUUUUUUUAAUGGAAAUAUUUGUAUUAUUGCUAUAAUAAAGUUUGGUUUUCUUUUUACAGUAUGCACAGGGACAGUAAUUGUUCUAUGUACUAUACCACUGUAAAAGGUUUUAUAGGAGACUUCAAAGUCUUGACGUUGUGAAGCAGAAGUUAUUUUGUCGAAAGAUUAAAAGGAUCUUGCUGGCA